GAUCAAUCUGCUCCCCCUCUGACGAUGACUAUAACCUCAAUGUCGCCUCCAUAUAUUGGCCCUUCGUCUCCCACAACGAUUCUCUCUCUACCUGCGGAGCUCCUGGAGGGCAUCAUUAUCUCCAGCAGCCAUCUUGAUGGGCCCAGCGCUAUUGUUUCGCUCUCCAAAACGAAGAACACUUUCUAUGAGCUGAUAUACAAGAGUCCUGAUUCUCAUCUUUGGAGGGGGAUCUUCUUGGCUCAGUUUGAUGACCCCAGAAAGUUAAGCUCGCUGGUUGGGAUGGAGGUGUCUGUUGACUGGGAAAGAGAAUACAAGCAAAGAAUUAAAGCUAGAAAUCAUAUUAAAGCACACCUAGAAAACCCGCUAUCUGUACCCAAUGAUUUCGAUCUAGAGAUCUUCUCUGCGCUGGUUCCCAUGGUGUUUGCGGCUCCAAGGAUACCUUGCCCGUCCAUAGAAACCUUUUCGACCAUUAGCGAGCCAAUAUGCCCGUGGCCGCCACUUUCACGUGAAGCAGUAAUGUCAAGCUCACUCAAUUCGAGCUGGCUAGAUGAUGUCCUAUUUCACGGCUACCCUGCCAACGUUGUUUCUCGAUUCCUCUUAUUCCAGCCGAAGUUGGACCAAGAUGUCAAUUCUCGAGACGGGGAAACGUGGGACCAGAGUUCGACAGGACAAGCAUUUCAUCACAUCUUCUUACUUUUUGGGUUCAAAUGCGCACCCAAUUUCAAGUUUUGGAGGAUGAAAAGCGUGACAGAGGCUGGCCUGAUGGAGAAGAUCACCAGGAGGAGGACAAGAGCUACAACUGCGGAGGAGACCCACGUCAAAGAUAAAGGCAAGGGAAAGGCGAAGGCGCGAGACAUCGAAGAGAUUACUCUCGAUAAUGACACUCAGAUGAAGAUGGCUCGGAACGCCGCCAAACUGCGCGUGUACAACAUGAAAUUUCCUGACCCACAGCGAUGCUGGGGUCCUUUUAUGCCCAUACAGUCGUUCGAACCUCGGAAAUCACCAGAUGGCCCUGCACUUUUACCGAUCUUUAGGAACGCGAGUCUUCAAAUCUUGGCAUUUGGCUCUCUGAUUGGUUACGGAGAAGAUGGUACAUUGGAAUUUAACGCCCGCCUUGAUGAGAAUGACGAGGACGAUCCAAAUGAUGGGGAUUAUGAAGACCGCCAAGACGAUGCUGAUGAAGAUGAAAUUGAUGACACCAACAGGCCACCGUCGCACCUUCCUCUUUUCCUUCUUGACCAAGCAUUGGCUGGAGGAGACCCUGAUGAAGAGCGACACCCGACAUUCAUCUUUCCUCCAUUCCCGCACGAGCUCAAGCCUGACUGGAGUUUCUUGGCGAGCGCUCGAGUGCUUAUUGAAGCUAAUGUUCGAGAUCGGGCUCAUGUUGUGCAUUCUGAUCCAGAGGAUAAAGAAGCAUUCUUGGAAGCUAUGGAGGCGCUGAAGAAUCUGGAUCACUUAAGGAUGGGUGGUACCCCAGGAUUCGAGUGGGAAAAAUGGAGACGGUUGAAUGGAGACGGAGAGGAAGCGGAGGAAAUGGAUUUAACUGUGGACGAUAAGGGAAAGGGGGAGGAGACCCAUGACGACGAGAUAGAUGGUUGGGACUGGGCCGGCGUAACAGGGGAAUGGAGGCGAAUCGUGUGUUGGAUGGACUACCAUGGACUAAUAUACCACAACCGUCGCAGAGAGGCCACCAUUUCGCAGCUUUCGGAGAACACAAAUAUGGUUGCUGAGACUAUUCGUGUCAUGCCUAUGAGUCUGCGGGUGUCGGGGUAUUCCAAACCACCCACACCGCCGCCAGACUAUCAAGGCUCCAGCGACUGCCCCUUAUCCUCAUUGGUCUACACCCUUCCCAUCAUCCACGUCGAGGGAGAAUCGAGGGGAUCAGACUUGGAUGACGCAGCGCACAGGCAACUUAGAGGGACGGUUAGAAUGAUCGGUGAUGGCGCUGUGAGGUGGAGCUUGACUUCGAGCGAGGCUGGAAUUCAGGAUCCGGAGUGGGUUACUGAGAGCGUACAGAUGGGACAGGUGGGUAGUGCGAUGGGAAUGAUUGGGAUGUGGACAGGAGUGGACCAUGCUAGAUCAGAUCCAAUAGGGCCUUGUUGGGCGUGGAAGAUAUCGAGCCCAUGAUAUAUACAUAUGCUUCGUGCGUUGUAACACUAGUGUACUCGUCCUCUGAUUUCCAACUUUGAUUGUAUUCCCGCCCAAGAAUGUGACAAAAGUGAUGCUGCAGAGGGUAAUGAGUGCCGACCGCACAAUGUCAGAAACGGA